UUCUGAGGCAAAAAUCAGUCUUCAACGAUCAGCCCGUUUGUUAUGCUGGGUUACUUUUCUGUAUUAUAAGUAUUAAAGUCUACGGCAUUUAUGGUUGCUCCCGAGCAUAUGUUAUUUAUAAUUAUCGCACCCGCUUACGUUCGCUGCUGAUAACAUUCUGGAAGGAAUUUCGCAAAGUCGCAAAGUCUAGUGCAGAAUAUGAGUCCGAAAAGUCUCGUAAUCGGUGCCGGUGCGGCCGGAUUGGCCGCGGCCGCCAGGUUGUUCGCCAACGGCUUCACAGAUGUGCUGAUCCUGGAAGCCGGCAAUCGGAUUGGAGGACGUGUCUGGACGGUUCCGUUCGGUAAUCAGUUGGUUGAGUUGGGUGCGCAAUGGUGUCACGGUCAGAAAAAUAAUGUACUUUAUGAGUUGGCAAAACCGCAGGAUUUGCUGGAGGAAUCGACGUUUGCGCAGCGGAAUGUGCUGUUGUUUUCGGAUGGCUAUCAAACGUCCAAGGAAGUUACCAGAAGUUUGAUGUCUCUGGCUCAUCGGUUGGUGGAUAGCGAAGAGAUUCGGCAGGCGAAGGGUACGUUGGGAGAAAAUUUUGUGAAGAAAUUCAAGGAAGAGGUACCAAAGAUGGACGGUAGCAUCGAACCGGAUGUAGUCGACGGGUUCAUUGAAUCCUAUCAUAGAUUUUUGAAAGGAAAACUUGCCAUUGAUUCUUGGGGUGAAGCGAGCGGCAAUUGUAGAGUUGGUUAUGAAAAAUGCGAAGGAUCUAGCCGCCUGGCUUGGAAAGGAAAGGGAGCGAAAACCGCGUUGGAACUAAUAAUGAAAUCUGAAGCAUUUGAUGAAAAUAAAAUAUCAAAAAACAAGCGAGUUAAAAAUAUAAACUAUACUCAAAAGCAAAACGGAAAAGUAUCGGUAACCUGCGAAGACAAUAGUAACUAUGAAGCAGAUCACGUCAUUGUAACCGUUCCUUUAGGAGUUCUUAAGGAAAAACAUCAAACUCUGUUUACUCCUACUCUACCAACCACUCACACAAACGCCAUCGAAGGUUUAAAUUCCGGAAACGUUAACAAAGCAUUCUUAGAAUUUGAGACCCCAUUUUGGAGGGAACAUGGCAACGUUUUCCGUCUAGUUUGGCGAGCAGAUGAUCUGCACGAGUUGCGAAGCUCCAAAUUUAGCUGGGCAGAAGGCAUCCUAACAUUCUCCAGCGUAGAUUACUGUCCGAAUGUGCUGGGCGUGCGAUUUGUUGGAAAGGAAGCUCUGCAAGCGGAAUUACUGCCGGACUCGGAAAUUCUCGACGGGUUGAAGAUGUUGCUGAAGAAGUUUUUCGUGGGAAUAGACGUUCCGGAGCCCACACGAUUUAUCAGAUCGAAAUUCUCGACGGAUCCAGACUUUCGAGGAGCAUACUCGAGUCGCUCGAUUAAAACGGAACAGUUGCAAACGGGGGCAACGGAUCUCGCCCAACCCUUGCUCGACUCAGCUGGAAAGCCGGUGGUGCUUUUUGCUGGAGAAGCGACCAGCCCCCAGCAUUGGUCCACUCUUCACGGUGCAAUCGAAACUGGUUGGCGCGAAGCGGAUCGAUUGAUUGAGAUUUAUAAAAAUUAACAAUAAAUUGCAUUUAAAUAGAAGCAACCAAAUUGUGUUGCAAAUGUAUAUGAGCAAACAAUAAAA